CAGCACCCGGCAGAACACAAGAUGACCCUUGGCUUAUGGGGAUAGAGGAAGCCCACCUCAUUUUUGUUUCUAAUUGGAAUGAAAUUCCAGUCUGUAUUUUGCGAUCCCGGCAUCGUCACCAAACCACCAUGCCUUGGCCUGCUGUUCUGCACAGCUGCACACCUUUCAGAUCCCUAAACUCCUGCCAACCAUGAGGCUGAAGCUCUGCUGACAUAAGCAAUGAUUUGCCUUCAUCUCAAGGAAAUCUGAGGAGGUCCACAAAUGGAUUCCUCAUCCUGACCUCUGCACAUCCUGAUUAAAGACAGUAGCAUCACACACUGCAAGCUAGACAGAAGAGAAAAUGGGCACAUGGAAAGCCUGAGAUGGAUGAUGUCCUCACACUGUGUCAGAUCAAGCAUUAAGAAACUGGUCAUUCACUGCUAGGCUGUCUAGGUCACACAGUGCUUACCUGCAGGGUCCUAUAAUUGGAUUCAGAUGAUGAGGAAGGAUAUAGGCAGGGUGAAAAGAGCACCUAAAUCAAUCCACUACUACGGUGACACUGACUAUGAAAGUGAACAUGAUGACUUGGCUAAUAAAACAAGAGUUCCCUUGACAAGAUUUUCAAAACCUCAACAGUCAACUGGACCUUGCAUGUUCUCCCCACAUUCUGCACCUCGGGUACCAUCACCACCUUUACCAUCUGUGCCACCUUGUUGCUCACCACCACAUUCUCUGCUUCAGGUGCCACCUUCUUACCAGUCAUUAUUGCUCUCUGAAAAUACAUCUCAACAAAUUUCCACAAGCCUUCCAAAAAUGAAAAAUACUUCUGAACUCUUCAAGCCUACUUACAGAGUGGGUCGAUGUGGAACAGAACCAAUACCUUGUACUGCCGCAGAUCUUCAUAUCCUCACAUUGCUUGAACAUGUGAAGCACCAGCUGUCACAAUUGGCUGUCAUGAUCAGUUCACUAUCUGGGCGGCUAAACAUUGAAUGCUCACCUGAUAUGCCUGAGGAGGUCCAGUUUCCUUUACAAUUAUUGGAGGAAGUGGAUGACUUUGAAGCCUGGUUGAAACAACCAACCAAUGCUUUGAAGAAAAAGAACAUGAUUUCUGUACUGGCAUCUAUCGGAGGACAAGAUACCAAGCGUGUCACUUGGAAUAUUCUUUCACAUAUUUUUGGAGAUGAUGUUGCAAAAAAGAUAAACUGGAAGGGAGUGAAUGAAAAACGGGCCUUCGGUCAAAUGGCAACCAAAACUCUUAUUAUGCGUGCAGUUCGCAAGAGUCACAUGGCAGCCAAAGCUACAGAUGUGGAAAUUAAUGAAUUUGCCAUUAGAUGGUUCAGUUUGGCAUCUGACCGUGGUGGUGGUCGCAAUGAGCGCUGCAGGAGAGUACAGGCAGCAGUGCCUUCUGAAUCAGGACUGAUGUACAUACACUUUAGUAGUCAAGUUUAUUGUUGCUUUUACUGUUUUGGGUAGAUUUCGUCAUUUUUAUACUUGCAUCCUACACUUUUGUGCAAAUGUGUUCAUUUUAUAUUUCUAUAUUUUAACCAUGUUACUGGAUAUUUGAACUGUUAAAUACUCAAUAUACUGUGUUAAUAUAUUAUGUUUGUUUGUAAUUGUAGUUACAGCUUUGGAUCCAUGGAACUGC